AUGAUCGCGGGUUUCUGUUCGGCGGUUUUCCUGGCUUACACUGUGGCGGUUUCGCCGCUUCUAUCCUUGGUCCUAACACCCUCUUUGUCGAGUUUCAUCCUCCAAGUGCCGCUACCUAUGCUUACGUUUGACGCCGCUAGUUGUGCCGCACCUGUCAUCGCUCCCACUGGAUUGGUUCGUCAUAUCGGUAGCGUAUUACGUGAUACAAACCUUACGCUUCAGGACAGUAAUAUAAUAUCCAAGUGGAAACGAAGAAAUUUUGAAAGAUAUACCAGAGAGAAGAUAAUAAAUACAUAUGUAGCAAACUCUAUACAAAGUGCUGGAAGUCAAUAG